AUGUCGGAUUAUAAUAAAUAUCCAUGCUACAAUUCUGAGAACUGCUUGUGUGGUGAAUGUCUAUACUCAUCACAACCAUCUCUUCCAUCUUCGAUAUCCUCGUCAGAUGUGAUCGGUUCAAGAAGGAAUUCUUAUGCAACUAUAACUACAAGGACAGAUUCACCUCCAAGUUCAAUCCUGAGUAAUAAUUCUCCACCAAUUUCAAUUCUUAGUGAUUCACCUCAAUUCUCAAUUCAAAAUAAUUAUUCUCAAACUUCAUUAUUUAAUAACUCCCCAAGAAAUUCAAUUCUUAAUACGGGUAACCAUCACCCAAGAUCAUCUCCACAAAUUAAUAAACCGAAAAAACCCCCUUCCGUUACAUUUGCGUCAUCCGCCUUGUCCUCCCCAUAUUUUGUAAAUAAUGAUACAGUUUCUCAAUCCUCUCUUUUAGAGGCUCCUUAUAUAAUCGCUAGAUCAUCAACGAUCGCUUCAUCUAUUAAGUCGGAUUCUUCACAUUCUUCGAUUUCCGUACAACCAUCCAUCACAUAA